AUGUGCCUGGAGGAUAAUGAGCAACAACGAUUGGCAAGUUUGGCAAUUGAUUGGACUAAUCAAGCAUUUUCGAAUGGUGAAAUGACAAGUAUAUCCAAGAAACUCUGUCGAACAACACCAGAAUUAAUGAUUGCUGCUUUGCCGACAGACAACGACGACGAUUAUAACAGUGAGAAUAAAUCAGUCAGCAGAGAACCGUUAAUUGAACAACUGAAAUCUCAGCUAAUUCAUGAUCAAAUUCAACGAGUACGACUGAGAGAUUAUCCACGUAUUUUACAUCAAUCAAAUACGCCUGCAUCAUGGUAUAAAACGCCAGUACUAAAUCGAUCGGUUUACUUCUACGACUCAAAUAAUCGAAGCCAUAUAGAACAAUACCAACCAACAUUUCUCUCCGAUAGACCCAAAUAUAAAAGCUAUAAAAAUCCGACGAAAGCAAAACAUACUCUCAGAUCCUCAUUUCAACAAUCGACCUUUGUUCAUUACACUCCCAUUUCCUAUUCACCUCGCACGAGAUACAUGGCUGAUUUCUAUAAAACAACAAUAGUUUCUCAUCAAUUGAAACCACAUGCGAUGGAACAUUUUCAUCCUCCAACGCCUAAUUUAUCUCAACGUCUGCCCUCCAGUCGAUCAGGAUUAUCAUCCGUACCUACUCUACCACCUAUCCAUGAUUCCAAACAUUCAAUAGACGCAUUAAAUACGGAUGCAAAAGCCAACACUACUGAAACAAGAAAAAAACUCGAUCCAGUCUUGAUGCCUUCAAUUUGA